AAAAAUAUAAAUUCAAAAAAAAAAAAAACAACAAAAUCAAUAAAGUCUUCUGUUAGCACCCUUUGACUGCCUACUGUUCCAAAUUGUGGCGCGGCCAAUCAUACAUCUAUCUAUGGAGGCUGCCUCAAAAUGACAAACAACAACAACACCUACGGAAGUCUCAUCAAGCUACUGCAAAGCUAUCACCACAAGACUGACAUCAAAGCCAGCACUAAGCCAAACACUUUGUCGCAGAACAACAUCAAAAAGCAAAGGCAGGGGAAGAGAAAAAAUGUGAGGGCUUCACAGAAGCAACUGCUUUACAGCACCGACUGGGAGAAGUCGGCACUUGUGAAUAAUUUCCGUAAGCGUGGCUGGCAGAACGUACCGCCCUCCGAUGGUGAAUGGAACUUCUAUUGGGCAGGCAUACAAAAUUGUCGUUACAUUUUCUGCGUUGAUCAUCCCUAUCGCAUGCGCAACGAUCAGAUGAUCAACCACUUUCCGAACUCGACGGAGUUGUCACGCAAGGACCUGCUGCUGAAGAACAUUAAGCGCUAUCGCAAAGAUUUGGAGCGCAAAGGCGAUCCAUUGGCCGCCAUGUAUCCGACUGACGACAGCAAGCUGGGCAUAGGCGGUACGCGCUACAUCCAUUUGGACAUAAUACCCAUGACGUUUGUGCUGCCCGCAGAUUACAAUUUGUUCGUGAAGGAGUACCAGAAGAGUCCAAGCAGCACCUGGAUUGUAAAGCCGUCCAGCAAGUCCCAGGGCGUGGGCAUCUUCCUGGUCAAUAACCUUUCGAAGCUGAAAAAAUACGCCUGCGAUGCUCGCACCCUCCAUGUACCACACCUCAAUCGGGCAACUUGUGUUAUCUCCAAGUAUAUUGACAAUCCCCUGCUUAUUGGCGGCAAGAAGUUCGAUUUGCGACUAUUCGUGCUGGUCACCACCUACAAUCCACUGAAGGCCUACCUCUACAAGGAGGGCUUCUGUCGCUUCUGCACCGAAAAGUACGACCAAACCGAAAUCGAUAAUCUAUUCAUGCAUCUCACAAAUGUCAGCAUACAGAAGACGAACAAAGAAUACAAUGACAUACAUGGCGGAAAAUGGCCCAUUCAGAAUCUCUGGCUCUAUUUGGACAGCAUUCGCGGCGAGGGUGUCUCCGUGCGACUAUGGUCUUUGAUUACAGAAACCAUACUCCACUCCCUGAACGCCGUCGCUCCAAUGAUGGCCAACGAUCCGCACUGCUUUGAAGUCUAUGGCUAUGACAUCAUUAUCGAUAACAAUCUCAAGCCUUGGCUAAUCGAGAUCAACACCUCACCUUCGAUGCACUCGACAACGAACAAUGAUCGCACACUCAAGUAUCGUCUAAUCGACAAUGUGUUGGAUGUCGUAUUACCGCCUAGUGGUCUUCCGGACAUCCACUGGGACAAAACCCCGGACAAAGCUGCUUUGAGAAAUUUUACUCUAUUGACGUCAGAAACGGAACAGCGCUACAAGAGAAUAACCGGCCAAUUACGCAAAUCCAAAGGAAGAGCGAUCACCGAUAUCAGGAAACGCGUCCUGGUCCGAAAGCUGGCCCGUUCCAAGCCCAACAAUCUGACCAGUCGAAAGAAGUAAUAAUGAUCAAUAAGCGUACUAGGAUUGGAUUCUCAAUUAUCGCAUUUAAUUCGUAACUUAAAUGUAAAAAUAUUUCAGAUAGAUUUCGUUAUUUACAAAUUGGUAAAUAGUACAAAACAUAAUUGGUAUCUUUCAA